CGUGCACCUGGCCUUGGUGCGGUGUGUGCUUGGGGAGACAAAGGCGGCCGGGCGUGGUGCUGGCCACCCACCCCCUCGUGUGCCACCGUGCCGGCCUUCAUAGGUGCUCGCUAACAGCACUUGCCCCCACAAUCUGUUAAGGCUACACGGGGGAUCUUUGUGUAUUUGCUGCUGCUGCCACCUUCGUCACUUUAACGUGGCCUCAAAAGUGCACGUAGCCUGGCACGAGCGCCGUGGUGACGUCGCCGCCACUGAGUGCUGAACGGCUGUCACGUGGUGUGUGGCACAGGCGGUGCGUCUCCUAGUCAAACUCGCUCAAGUCCGCAGUGAUUUGCUGCUCGGAUUGACAAACAACAACAAAAACAAAUACUUACUCUAACGUACGUCAAUAACAACAACACUGUGUGUGUGUGGCCUUAUGCUCACAACAACGAGCGGAGCGCCGGACGGCGAAAAUGUAGCAAGUUGGCACAGUAGGGGGUACAGCUGGUGGGGUGUAUCUACCGGUCAUCUCAGCCGACCCAUGGGACCUGCAGGGUCUGUCCUGAGACCUCCUGCACCUAGCCUGGCACAGUAGGGGGUGCAUAGGUGACGUUUUGAGCAAGAUGCCUUAUGAAAUUAAAACAAAAUGUGCAAUUAAUGAGGGCAAUUUUCCUAAACGGUGCCUAAUAUAUUUUUCUAUGUAAGACCACGAUAUUUUUUAUGAACAUUUUGUAUUUUAAACUUUAUUUGAAGCUUUCGUGACUGCGGGAAUUACUCUUUGGUUCUUUCGGUAAAGUGACGUAGAAAGAAAAUAAAUUAAAUAAUAGAAUACGACGUUUCGAUUGCAACACAAGCAAUCGUCAUCAGAUAGAAAACAAAGCUAGUGAACUUAGAAAUACACCGCAAUCCAACACACAGUCGGCUAACACGACAGCACCUUACCUGGUUGAUUACGUUCUUCCAAAGAUUGCUAAAUUUGUAUUCUAUUUAAUUUAUUUUCUUUCUACAUGACUUUACCGAAAGAACCAAAGAGUUUUUUUUUGUUAAAUGUUCUACGCUAUAUUUUGCUAUACUAGAAUACUAGUGCACCACUGGCCAUGUAGCAUCAUCAUCACCACGUAACUGGCUCGCAUGAGGCAUGUAGUCCUUGGGCCAGAGUCGAAAGUGGUACCACUUAAGGUAGCAAACACUGCAGCAAUAUCCCACCGUGUGACUUUACCGAAAGAACCAAAGAGUGGAUUCGUGCAGUCACGAAAGCUUAAAAUCAAGGGAGUCAAUCACUUGACAACACCGCUCAUGUACAGCGGCUGCCACGUAAUUCGUUCUUGUUGGCCACGCAAAGAAAUCGAAACCAGUAACGUUAACUUCCACUUCAGGUGGUACCAAAGCACUGUUGAAAUAUCUCGCCUGUGCUCAUUGACUAAUGAGGGUUUUGCAGCUCUGAGCCGAGGGGUAGGCAGUCCACAUUCCUACGGCAGGGACGAGAAUAUGCUGUUGACUUGACCACAAAGUAGUACUGCUUUUAUUGACCCCUUAGGGAUGAUGGGCUGAGUUUGCCAUCAACCAGGAUUUUAACUCCCACUCCCCCUCAGUCCGUAUACCCCUUACUUAACAUCCGAUAAUUAAGGUUUUUUUUUUGUUAGAUUGCGUAAAUAUAAAUGUGUCGUUAAACCCGCCACCACCCAACACAGCCAAUUCGUGAGGUUUGUUACGUAAACAAAACGUGUCAAUUGGUGACUACUUCGGCACAUCGGGUCUGUUGGAGAGUAAACCCACAACAUUUGCAAGUUUAGUACGACGUUUCGCUGGUGAUUACAACAAGCUUCGUCAGGUGAUUUGUCAGAACAUGGGUCUGCCUCUUAAUAUUUGACACUUCGUGUGAUGACCUCAAAGUGCACCUAGCCUGACACGGGCGCUGCGGAGACAUCACCGCCACUGGCGGCUGCUGUUUGUGGUUCAUGUUGUGUGUGUCUGUUAUGUUUUUUAUGUUUUGGUAUCGCGACAAUCCUUGACGCCAGUCGCAAAUGAUCAGCUGCGGAGGCAGGUGCAGCUUCUGCAACAGAGCAGCGAUCUGUUGAUCCCAGAUCCGGUGAAGGAUGGCCCUUUCCUGCACGUCCUCUACAUGGACGGCGCGCGCAGCACGCACUGCCAAGCUGAGCUGGAGGGGAUCCUUCUGCAACUGAUGCAUCAGAGUGGAGGGGAGCGGGAUCCCAUUCCAUCGCAGCCCUCCAGCGUGGUCCUGGGGAAUCGGACCAAGGGGAAAGAUGCAGACGCCUGCAUCAAGGUGGUGAGCAACGUGCGCUAUUAUCGCUCGUUCUGCUUGGACAGCAUCGGCCGCCCGCUUCUGCGUGGAAAUCCCGCGAUCACGGAAGGCUGGAACAUCCCGCAGUAUCAGACGAUUUUCAAGCAAAUCUUAUCCAACGAAAUCAGCGAGGGGCAGGCAAAGCCUCAGAGGCCCAAGGGGAUGUGCUUUAACUGCGGCUCUGAGGAUCACAUCAUGCGCACCUGCCCCCAGAAGCGAGACUUGGCGGGGAUAAAUCUGCGGCGCCGUCAGUUCGAAUCGUUCAGCAAUUCUCCGAAGUCGAGGAAUCCCCAGCGAUAUCACAACGAGCAGGAGGAGCGUUUCGCGCACUUCAAACCCGGCGUCAUCAGUGAGGGUCUCCGUCUGGCCCUGGCGGUGGCGCCUGGGCAGCUGCCCCCGUACAUCUACCGCAUGCGCCAGCUGGACUACCCCCCGGGCUGGCUGCGCGAGAGCUGCCAGGAGGGCUCUGGCAUCACCAUCCACGGGGACUUGAGCGACGGAGAAAUCGACGAAUCGGAGGAAGCGGAAAUUGAGAAACAGAAGCGGAAAGCCUUCAACCCCACGAAGCUGAUCUCCUACCCAGGCUUCAACGUGCCCCUGCCUGCAAACACGCUGGACGACUGGCGCACGUUCAAUUCGUGCCCCAUGCAGCCGCAGCAGUUGAAGGAGGCGAUGAUUCGCCGCUUGAAGGAGGCGAGCAAGAAGAUGAAGCGGACAGCGCCAGCGGAACAGGGCGCCCACACCACGAAGAAACAGCGCUCGCGCCCGCGCACCAGCGACGACGUCACCUUCGACAACAGCGACAUGGACACGGACUCCGAGCUGACGUCCCGCGAGGCGCCGGCGUGGCCCCCGCUGCCGGCCUCUCCCGGGUUCCGCGCCCCCCUCCCGCCGGCGACGCCCCCCAUGCCGCACGGCACGGGCGGCCACGGCGGUUCCCCCAUGGCCCCGCCGCCGCCCCCCGACGUGACGCCUCCCCCGCUGCCCAAGGACACGCCGCCCCCCUCGCCGGCCACGCCAGGCGCGCGCUCGCGCGUCGAGGCCGGCGCCCCGGAGCAGGAGGAGGAGGAGGAGGCGCUGUCUCUGGAGGACCUGGAGGAGCAGCAGCGCCUCAUACAGGCGGCGCUGGAGCAGUCAGAGGGGACCGCCGAGCCCGGCGGCAUCCAUCCCGCCGCUCCCAGCGCUCCGGCCGCCCCGGCGGAACGCGACGAGCCGGCGGGUGUGCGGAGAAGUCCACGGAUCAAGGUCGAGCGGGAGGGCGGUCCGAGCGGCCGUCCCGAACGUCGGCGAGCUCCACGCGGACGCUCGCCUUCGGCCGCGGACGCAGAGCCGUCGGCUGAGCCGUCGACGGGGGAACCGUCGGCCGAGCCGUCGGCCGAGCCGUCGGCUGAGCCGUCGGCUGAGCCACCGGUGGAGACGCCGGAGGAGUCGUCGCCGAUGGUGGUGGGAGGCGAGGGUGGCGGCGGCGUGCCGAGCUCCGCCGGAGAUCCGCCGAAAGCUCCCGCGCUCGACGAGGAGAUGGAGGGGAUGGUGUUCGACAUCGCCGAUGACGACGACGACGAGGCGGAGGAGGAGAAGGCUCGAGCCGGGGGGGGCAGCGACGACGACGAGGCGGAGGCGGUGCCGUGGCGCGUGAAGAACGCGCAGCGCAGCGUGCCGGACAGCUCCAAGUUUGCGGCGGGAAUCACGGAUUUCAAUCACCACCUGGAGGAGUCCGGACAGCCCACGGGGCUCUACGCCCGCCUCAGGAGCGUGCUGCAGCGCGCGCCUCGCAAGGCGGCCAAGAAGCCGUGAGGCCGCGUGCGUGUCGGGAGUGGGGGGAGGUGGGCGGAGGUGGGGGGGGGGGGGGUAGGGGGGGCAGGGGGGGCCACCCGGCACAGGCCUCCGAUUCUCGUAGACCGGAUUCGAGCGGCGAUUUGGAUGUGUGGGACGUUUCGCUUGAAGCCGCGGCGAGCGUCAUCCAGGACAAGAUCCUGGAAGGUCCAGAAUAAAAAGCGGGGGGGUGUUGAUUCGGAAGUUGUGGAAGCUGCCUUGAUACUUGUUCCUGUUCUGAUUUUUUUUAUCUUUAUUCCCCCCCAAAUUUUAACAUUCUCACAAAUUUGGUCCAUCUGCCACGGGCUCCCCGGAAACUGCACGGAGCAACAAGACUCCCCACGCGUCAGAAACGCCUCGCCGCAAACUCCACCGCUCGCCGGAAUGGGCUGAAUUGCGCGAUUUGACCGCACGGCCCCCGGCAACUUCCACCGAACAACGCAUAAGUGAGCAUCGGCGGUUGCUGCCGCAUCGAUCAACUGGCUUAUCGGUGGUCAGCCAGGGUGGCUCAUGCGCAAGCGGUACAUUUACAACAAAAAAUUGUAUCCGUAGAUCACAAACGUGCCUGAUGGCAAGGGGGAGGCAGGGGACACCAUUGUAGGUAAAUAAAAACAUUUAUACAUUACACUGGUCAACACACUUUUUCUGGCAUAAGGUAUUCCAACGGUUUUAAGGUAAUUUUGGGGUGCUGAUUGCAAAUCUGGCAUCAGUUUUUGUCUAUCACAUCAGGUUUUUCAGAUAUCAAAUAUUGCAUUUUCAAUAAAAACUGCAGACGAAAAAUAUUAAAUAAAUGUGGAUAUCUACAUAAAAUGAUUUUAUAAACACUAUCCUAAAAAUACAGCACCAUAUUUUAAAACUAAAGCAGUCACUGACUCGCAACAACUUGCAAUCAUAAGUGACAGAGUUAAUUUCGGGUAAAAUCAAUGAAAAUGGGGUAUGACGAUAGCAUAAAAAUGAGAUGUGAUAGAGCAAAUCUGAGAUCAGAUUUGGAAUCGGCACCCUGAAAUUAGUCUAGAACAGCUGCAAAAGUCCAGGCCAGAAAUUUUUUUUUUUUUGUUGACCAGUGUUAUUGGGUGGUGCCGCUGGUGCGUCGGGCAAUGCUGCACAAUGCACACAACGCAUUUGUCAAUAACCGCACGCGCGCGCACGCGUUCGUGCGUACGCGGCCUUAAAAGGAAAACAUAGUUGGCCACGUUUCGGGAAAAAUAGGGCGAGCAAAUAAAUCAAUGUAAGAUGAGUCGUCGAAGAAGGGGGGGCAUUUCAUUUCAUGGAGACUUUUCCUUUUGGGAAAUGUUUGAAACGGCUGUUCCAUGUCAAACAUCCAACGGUCUGUGAAAAUAAAAUGGUGAACGCGUCGAUAAACAAACGGACGUGUUGCGUUCGCCAAGCUCCCCUCUGCCCGUGGUGGACACUCCCCGUGGUGGACACUGGCAGCAUUUCCCAGCGUCCACCGAGCAAAGCCCCUCGCUCGUCUCACGAGCUCCUCUGUGCGGAUGAUGGGUCCACGGUUUGGGGGAAAACUUCGUCGUGUUUCUCGUUGGGUUGUGUUUUUUGCGCGGUUUCUGUUCCUGGAAAACAUUCAAUAAAGUUAGCCGACCCACCGGCCUAGGUUCA